GCGGCGGCGGCGGCCAGCGAGCGAGAGGCAUGGCGGCGGCGGGGACAGCGGCGGGGCCGGCGGGGCCCGAGCCCAUGCCGAGCUACGCGCAGCUGGUGCAGCGCAGCUGGGGCAGCGCGCUGGCGGCGGCGCGGGGCUGCGCGGACUGCGGCUGGGGGCUGGCGCGCCGCGGCCUGGCCGAGCACGCGCACCUGGCGCCGCCCGAGCUGCUGCUGCUGGCGCUCGGCGCGCUCGGCUGGACGGCGCUGCGCUCCGCGGCCACCGCGCGCCUCUUUCGGCCCCUGGCCAAGCGGUGUCGCCUCCAGCCUAGAGAUGCCGCCAAGAUGCCUGAGAGCGCCUGGAAGUUUCUCUUCUAUCUGGGCGCCUGGAGCUACAGCGCCUACCUGCUCUUCGGCACCGACUACCCCUUCUUUCACGACCCACCCUCUGUCUUCUACGACUGGACGCCAGGCAUGGCGGUGCCCCGGGACAUCGCAGCUGCCUACCUGCUGCAAGGAAGCUUUUACGGUCACUCCAUCUAUGCCACACUGUACAUGGACGCCUGGCGCAAGGACUCGGUGGUCAUGCUUAUCCACCACGUGGUCACCCUGGUCCUCAUCGUCUCCUCCUAUGCUUUCCGGUACCACAACGUGGGCAUCCUCGUGCUCUUCCUGCAUGACAUUAGUGACGUGCAGCUGGAAUUCACCAAGCUUAAUGUCUACUUCAAGUCCCGGGGAGGCUCCCACCACCGGCUCCACGCCCUGGCGGCUGACCUGGGCUGCCUCAGCUUCAGCCUCAGCUGGUUCUGGUUCCGCCUCUACUGGUUCCCGCUCAAGGUUCUGUACGCCACGUGCCACAGCAGCCUGCGCUCGGUGCCUGACAUCCCCUUUUACUUCUUCUUCAAUGCACUCCUUCUGUUGCUCACUCUCAUGAACCUCUACUGGUUCCUGUACAUCGUGGCCUUUGCUGCCAAGGUGCUGACGGGCCAGGUACGUGAACUGAAGGACGUGCGGGAAUACGACGCGGCAGAGGCCCAGAGCCCCAAGCCCAGCAAAGCUGAGAAGCCGCUGAGGAACGGCCUGGUGAAAGACAAGCGCUUCUGAAUUCCUUGAUCACCGUCCCUCCCCUUAGGACCCAGCCCCGCCCGACGACGCUCCACAGGGACCGACCACGCCCCUCCCCGGGACUCUGGCUGGGUCCAGCUCCGCCCCACCUGGGCCCUGGCCACUCCGGGUCACCUCCCUCUGGACCCCUGCCCC